AUGUCAAGUGAUCAAGAGUUCUCGGAUUGUGCCUCAACAUCGAUCCAUUGGGACGAUGAGAGAGAUGUGGCUGAAGAAGGGGAUCUCAUUCCAGACUCAGCCUCGACAACAUCGAGUUUUGGAUCAACAGAGCAGGAGUUAAAUCUCGCCUACGAUCCUCCCUUCAAUUCGUCGGAUGAGCUUGAUCGUUUGAGUCAAUGUUUGACGAAUAGUGAGGUGUGGAAUGAGAAAGUU